GUCUCUCUGAGACGAGUUGUCCUCAGGAAGACCACUUUCCGCCCAAUCUGUGUGUGAAGGUGAACGGGAAGCCAUGCAACCUCCGGGUUAUCUUCCUCCAACGAAAAACGGUGUGGAGCCGAAGCGCCCCAGCCGGCCAUCAACAUUACCUCGGUGGUCAGACUAUCCACCACAGUCCCCAACACCAUCGUGGUGUCUUGACCUCAGAGGUUGGAAGGAGCUACUCUAUGGCGGUGUACCUGGUCAAGCAGCAGUCGUCCACAGUACUGUUGCAGAGACUACGGUCCAAAGGCAUCAGGAACCCAGACCAUUCCAGAGCACUCAUCAAAGAGAAGCUAACGGCAGAUCCAGACAGUGAAAUCGCCACCACCAGCCUGCGUGUGUCGCUGCUCUGUCCGCUGGGGAAGAUGGCGUCUGAUGAUCCCGUGCCGGGCGCUGACGUGUCCCACCUGCAGUGUUUUGACGCUACGCUGUACAUCCAGAUGAAUGAGAAGAAACCCACCUGGGUUGUCCCGUCUGUGAUCAGAAAGCCCCCUACCAACAUCUCAUCAUUGACGGGUGAGACCCACAACCUGAACCGGCUCUUAGUGUCUCUCUUAAUACAGAACAUAGUGGUCCUACAGGCCUUUCAGAAAGGAUUCAUGCCCCUUCACUUAUUCCACAUAAAGCAGCGUCUGCCAAGUGACAUCAUUUAUGAGCUGGGUGCUGAUCAGGACCGUGUCAGGUUUUAUGAGCUGGGUACUGAUCAGGACCUUGUCAGGUUUUAUGAGCUGGGUACUGAUCAGGUUGUUCCAGGUUUUAUGAGCUGGCCAAUGCCUCUGGCAAACGUCGACGUGUUUAUGGGGGCCAUCUGGACCACUCUGCCUGGCCUGCAUGGCCUCUCUCUGGGCUCAGGUGGGUCCAAGAUGUGCCUGUCUGGGGCUCUGGGCACCAAGUGA